AUGGGAAAUAACUGUUGUUCAAAUGAAGCAAGGAAAGCAGAAGGUACUCAGCGAACAGACGUGGACUAGUUCUUUGAGAAUGACGGUUUGACGACUCCGCCACCACAUGGCUAUUUUUAGGGAUUAGGAGCCAUGCAUUCGUCACAGAGUAGCUCGAAUUCUCUGUUAAGUAUGGAAAGACACUUCACAAUGAACAAAUUGAUGAGGAAAGAAGACAAAAAUAGACAAAUGCACAAAUUAAGAAUAUAUCGCGACGAUUCCAAGAGCAGCUCAGCAAUUAAGACACCAAAGGCCUAAUCAACAAGGAAAUAGAGAUCACCAUCACCCACUGAAAGGAAUAAUAGACUAUAGUUACUAAAGAGCAAGCAGGCAUAAUAAAGAUUGAUCAAGAAUGCAGUGUAAGAAUUCGAUCACAACAUGUAUGGCAAAAGUACGUAGUAGUUGAUAAGUAAAACUCUCGUGGAAUUAGUAAACGAGACUAAAGAUAUAAAUAACGCAGCUAUUAAGAGAUAUGACAUGGCUGAGAUUAGAAAAUUUCUCAUAUCCUCCUCAUGGAAUCCAUAAAUAGCUUGCAAAAAAAUUAUACAAGACAUUGAAUGGAGGAAUCAAACCUUUCCAAUAAAUGACAAUGAAAUCUACAAUAUGAUUAAGUCUUAGCACGUCAUUUUCUGUGGAACUGAUAGAGAACUAUGCCCCUGCCUCUAUAUAAGGCCUAAUCAUCGUGAAACAGGUGCUUUUUUCAAAUAAGGCUUAAAUGCGGGGCAAUAUAAAAUCUACCUCUGUUAUAUUUUAGAUUAGAUUCUGCCACAAUUAUCCCAAUAACAGGGAUUCACGAAUAAAGUCUCAAUAGUGUACGAUAUUGAGAAUGGGGAUUUCAGAUUGGAUAUUCUUGAGAUUAUCGAGGAUCUGAUUUUGAAUCACUUCCCACAAAGAUUGCAUAGAAUUUUCAUAGUUAAAAUUGGAGUCUAGAACAUCACUUAAAAGGUCAAGACGAAAUUCCAACAAAAGUUCUAUAAGAAUCAUACUCUACUCUUUGAUGAGAAUUACAUGCUGAAUUUAGGUAAAUUCUUUGAUCCGUAGGAAUUAUUGAGAGAAUAUGGAGGCCAUAUCAACUCUAACAGAGAUCAAGAUAGAAUAGGACUAUCUCAAAAUAACGUGGAAGAGUAUAUACUAGAUGAAUUUUAGUAGGUAUAUCCAGAGAAAGCGAACUUAAUGCUCCGCUUCAAAUUAAUUUGA